UAUUUUGCUAAGUUUAUGAGUGUCCGGAGUAUUGUAGCACUUCAUGGCAGUACAUCUUCAAUCGCCACAGUUGAUGCAUGUGCGUGCACUUAGUUCAAUAAUUCUCUUUAACGAAAAAUGGCUAAAGAAAAAAAAAGUGCGAUUAGCAAAGACACCACGAAACUGGCAGCAUCUCCACUCACAGUGAAACCGAAAAACGUGAAACUGGUACCUCCGGACGGUGGAUGGGGAUGGGUCAUCAUCCUAGCUACAAGCAUCAACCUGAUGGUGCUUCCAACAACUGUAACUUGUUUCGGUGUUCUAGUGCCAUUUAUCAUUCGCGAGUACGAUUCAGCCAACAUUGCUGGCGUCUCAUGGAUUCCAGGAAUAGCUGUGGCCGUCCUGAACUUAACAGGUCCCUGGGUGUCGGCCAUGUUGAAGAUUUACUCUCAUCGACGUCUGGCAUCUAUUGGUUCCGUAACAAUGGUCGUUGCCAUCAUUUUUUCCGCAUUCGCCGGAAGCAUGCUAAUUUGGUAUGCGUCUUACGGACUUUUGCUCGGCUUUGGCUGCAGCCUUAGUGGUGUCAUGGGUCUCUUGCUUUUGCAAGAGUAUUUCCUAAAGCGACGACAUAUGGCUAAUGGUAUCGCUAUGGCCGGAGGAUCAAUUGGUCAGAUGCUCAUUCCCUUGAUCAUGCAGAGCUUGUUUGAUGGUUUUGGAUUGCGCGGUGGAUUGCUGAUCUACUCGGCUGUCGUGCUGCAAGGGCUCGUGGCUGCCCUCCUACUUCAGCCAUCCAGAUGGCACUGGAAACUAGAAGACACCCCAAACGUUGAAGUUGAAUUGCUGGAAAAGCAACCGGAGCCAACGCCGAUGAUUCGGGAUGUUGAAACGCUUUCAGCUGUUGGUAAGAGCCGACCCACCAGCUGGACUGGUAACGCUUUCAUCAAGGCAUCAGCCGACAUCCGCCGAGUCCAGCAAAUGGACGGCGACAUUAACAGGAUGCGAUCUCGAUCAGUAGCAAGCGGUCGUGGUAGUACUCACGAUUCGGAGGCGGGCCCAGAUUCCAGGACUACAUCUAUGCAUGUCCUUAAUUAUUUGGGUAGCGUUGGCUCUUUAGUUUCCUUGGAACUAGCCACCGUCCAUGAGAUGCCAGUUACUAUGUCGCUAGCGCAGAUGCAAAAACAGUUGAAGACUCGCACGCAAACUGACGAACGACCAAAAUGGCUCCAAUUCAUGCCUCGUUGUCCACCGGCUGCUAGCAUCCUCGAUUUAAAUCUUAUGAAAGAUCCUUUCUUCAUCGUCAUGUCUGUCGUGAUGGCUUUGGGCCGUCUGAGCUACCAGCAGUUCAACGUCCUGGUCCCGUCAUUUGCUCAAAGUGUGGGGGUUCCACCAACAGCGGCUGCAUCUUUGGUUACCAUUCUAGCAGCGUCAGAUACUGUUGCCCGUCUUGCUAUUCCCAUUCUGGCUGGAAAAUUUUCCAAAUAUAUUACGACUCUCACCGUCUUUUUAAUCGAAUUUGCCAUCUGUGGUGUAGGCAGUUUUGCUCUGGCAUUUUCCACUGAUUUCGUUGGCAUGGUAAUAAGCUGCGUUAUCUACGGCAUUGGAGUUGGAGGAAUCACUGGUAUGCAAGUGGUGGUGAUUGUCCAAACACUUGGUAUGGAUAAACUAGCAGCCGCUUUCGGUCUUAACCUUUUCAUUGGUGGACUAAUCGUUUUCCCAGGAAUUAUCAUCAUCGGCUAUAUUCAGGUGUUAACGCAAAGUUUUGCUGUUUGUUUUCACAUCGUCGGCGGUGUCUGCAUCAUGUGCUGCUGUCUCUGGGCACCGCUUCCAAUGAUGUUGCGACGGAGAAAUGCCAACCUUCCAAAAUAAUAAGAGAAAAAUGUUUUGUUUACCACGUCAUCGAGAUAUACCAAUAUUUUUUUUUUUUGCAGAACCCGUCUUAUAGUUUCCAAUACAAAAUGUAAUUAAAUUCAAAA